AUGGAGAGUAUUUCCGUAUCACACUCCGAAACGCGUAUAGCGCGUCUUAGCCCUGCCCUCGUCAACUCUGUCUAUCUGUGGGGUGCCCGUUUCUCGAGGAACCAGUUGCUGCUUGCCCAAGAAUCGGUAUAUCUCCAACGCGCGGUCCACAAUACAGGGCGGCUUUCCUUUGGCCUGGCGAAGUUCGAACACCGUGAAGGACUAGAUGUAUUCGGAACCGCAUUGUUCGCCCUUCACGCUAAGGCGGCCACAUUGUUCGAGCGAGCGGCACGCCUGAUGUCCCAGUGGACAGCGAAUCCAGCUUAUUCCGAGCGAUUUGCCACUGAACUCUUUACAUUGGAUGGGGCCAUUGAUCGCUUUAUAGCAUCUUUACCACCCGUGCACCUACAUCUGGACGUUGAUGUAGCUCGCAAGCUCAUCAUCACGCAUACGCUUGCUCGCGAUGCCACGAUCAAAGUUCAGGCAGCCAUGAAGCAGGUAACGGGGAUGCCGUCUGACAAAGACGUCGUGGCUGCACAGGCAAUUGCCGCAAUGCUUGACAAUACCAAUAUCGGUGGUCUUUAUUACGUUGAUCCAAUCGUCGCGAUCGUAUGGUCUGACAUAUGUCGCGUCCUCUCCGGUGAGGCUGCCCGGUUGCGUCUCUUGUGGAGCUCCACCUCAUUGCUUGCGGACCAAGCUGGUGCCGGACGCGAGUUGCAGCACAUAGAGGCAGAUCACAACAGGCUUGGCGUUGCAUUGCAGAAGGUUCUUGCGGCGAUGACGACCUUGGCCAACACAUGCCCAUUAACAGCAGUACAAGCUGCGAAGGUCCAACAGGAGAUGGAGAAUGCCGCGAGAUAGUCGUAGGAUUUAUCCUUCGAUUUUCACCCCAACGUCACCACUCAAGUAGGAUUAGAUAGAUUCCCCCCGCUCUGCCUUGUAGCGUUCCUAACAUAGAAGACAUUACUCAUCGCCGUAGCGCGACGGGCCGGCUUGUGGUCUACUAACGCCUACAGCAUUUUUACACGCGA